UUCCGCCCCAGGGAGAGCCACGCUGGCAGCACAGCCCCUUCCCCGACUCAGCAUCGGGAGGAAGACCCUGGUGGCGGCUGCCGUCGGGGUCAUGCUGGUCCUGGUGCUGGUGGUCCUCAUCCCCGUCCUGGUCAGCUCCGUGGGCACCGACACCAGCCACUUUGAAAUGCUGGGUACCUGCCGCAUGGUGUGUGACCCCUACCUGAACAAGGGCACCACGGCCAGCAGCACCAGCUCCAGUGGCAUCCAGGCAGAAGCCGAGGCCCUCAGCGACAACAGCAACAUGCCCUCCACGCUGGUGCAGGGCCCCCAGGGCAAGCAAGGCAGGCCAGGUAAACCUGGACUCCCUGGACCGCCUGGAGAGCCAGGGCCACCAGGGCCAGUGGGACCCCCUGGAGACCGAGGGUCUGGAGGGAGGACUGGGAUUUUGGGGUUGGGGGGGAAUGGAGCUAUCAGCACGGCCACCUACAGCACAGUGCCCCGGGUGGCCUUUUACGCAGGGCUUAAGAACCCCCAUGAAGGCUAUGAGAUCCUUAAGUUUGAUGACGUGGUCACCAACUUGGGAAACAACUACGACGGCAUCUCAGGCAAGUUCAUCUGCAGCAUUCCUGGCACCUACUUCUUCAUCUACCAUGUGCUGAUGAGAGGAGGGGAUGGGACCAGUAUGUGGGCAGACCUCUGCAAAAAUGAACAGGUGCGAGCCAGUGCCAUCGCCCAGGACGCUGACCAGAACUAUGACUACGCCUCCAAUAGCGUCAUCCUCCACCUUGACGCAGGCGAUGAGGUCUAUAUCAAGCUGGACGGGGGCAAGGCUCAUGGCGGCAACAACAACAAAUACAGCACGUUCUCUGGGUUCAUCCUCUACGCCGACUGAACCCACCCAGGUGCCACGUCCAGAGAGAGAAAGACAAAGUAAGAGAUUGAGAGAAAGAGUUGUAAUGAGGGAAGGAAGGGGUUAAAAGCCAGAAUGCUUCCUAGUUUCCUGGUUGUCUCCAUCGUCACACCAACCUCUGCUUAUAAAACACAUCAGCCCCAAAUCAAGGUUCUCCAGCUCAGCUCGGCCUGCCUGUCUGCCGUGCUGUGAGGGAGUGGGGAGAACAUGAUGAUAGGGGAGGGAGUAGUGAGGGAUGAAGCUUGGUAGAGAGAGGUGCCCUCCUCAUCAGAAUUCUAACCUGUCAGUUGUUCCUCGCUUUCCUCUUCCUCAAACUGGGAAAUAAACCAACUAACGCCAAGUGGAUCCGGCCUCAUCAUCUUCUCUCCAUAACAGUUGGCUAUAUGGACUCUGUUGACUGAAAUUGUCCUAUCUUGUCGUUGUGUGCUUUUCCUUAGAAUGUCAGUAUUUUACUUUUGUAAAAGAUACUACUACAUUGUAUAUUUACACAAAAGAGGAUAUUAAAAUUAUGUUUGUCCCUUGUGAGAUAAAAAACUUGAUUUUGAGAGAAUGGUUUUGUGAGAUGUUGAUUGUGAUUCAGAAGCCUUUAGCUGAGAAAUGGAAAUGAAAGGUGUCAUUAUGGUUUCUAAUGAUAUAUGAUUUCUUGCAUUUGACAGCCGGCUAUCACAUGGUGUUUGUUUAUGGGUGAUGUCAGCUGUGGGAACACAGACCUGGUUUGUGGCUGAAUGUUAUUCAUGCAAAGCAUGUUAUACAGAUACAACAUGACAUUUUCCCUUGUCCCAUCCAACGCAUCUAGAGUCUCUAUCCUUGCCCCUUGUCCCGACUCUAUACCCCGAUCCUAUUUGUCUAUACAGGGCCAAAGUGGGUUGAGAAUAGACUCAAAUGAAUAUUAGAUGUUCUCGUUACGUAGAUAUCCUCCACCAUCAAUGAAGCCACAUAUUCAGAUUCUGAGGUAAACUAUUUGAUAAAAAACAGUGUCCAUUACUUCAGCUUCGUCCUCGAGCACUCUGCUGUGGUGAAGUAAAACAUAUCAAGCAGAGCAAGGAGAGAGAGAGAGGGAGAGAGAUGGAGGGAGAGAGAUGGAGGGAGAGAGAGGGAGAGAGAUGGAGGGAGAGAGAGAUGGAGAUAGAGAGAGAUGGAAAGAGAGGGAGAGAGAGAUGGAGAGAGAGAGGAAGAGAGAUGGAUGGAGUGAGAGAUGGAGAUAGAGAGAGGGAGAGAGAGAUGGAAAGAGAGAGAUGGAGAGAGAGAGGGAGAGAGAUGGGGGAGAGAGAGAUGGAGAUAGAGAGAGGGAGAGAGAGAUGGAAAGAGAGGGAGAGAGAGAGAUGGAGAGAGAGAGGGAGAUGGAUAGAGAGAGAGAGGAGGGGGGUGAAGGGGGGGGUUAUGGCGAGGCAGAUUUUCUGUUUCAGUGUCUGAGGCUUCACUGGAUGUCAUUAGCUGCAUAUUCACUGAUACAUACAAGCAUUAUGGUAAUAUUUACUCAACAUGGCGGGCUGACAGCUUGCUUUAGAAUUAAAUUGAUUGGGUGAGUGAGUGACUUGGCUUCUUAGCAUUGUGUGUAUGUGUAUGUGUGGGUGUGUGUGCGUGCGUGCAUGUGUGUGUGUGUGUGCGCAUGUGUGCGUGAAUGUGUGUGUUGGUGUAUUUGAGUGUUUGCAUCAGAGCAUGCGCCGUGCCAUUGCUACAUUGUUGUUUUUCUGUUAAUCUGUGCUACAGCCAAUGACAGAUAUUUUACUCAGCAGACAAUGAGAUUGCAUUACGUAGGGAGGGGAGCCUCUGUAGAGAUGAUGAUAAGAACAAACAGCUUGUAAAUUAAAUCUAUGCUAUGUUUGUCAAUCUAAUUUUAUCUUUUUGAAUUGUUGAAUACAUUUAAAUAAUAAAUGGAAUUUUCGGA